UCCUCCAGAGCAGGCCAUCCUUCCUUGACCACCACCUCCUCCUCUCCUUGGGCAGCCUUCCUCUCCUCCUGGGAGUCUCAGUCCCAGAUUCCCUUCAGUGGGCUGAAAAUCUGUACUUGCAGGCAGGGAAUGUUUUCAAGCUGAAGGGGGUUGAAUCCGUGGAUACAGAGGAAGGAAAAGUGAUUGUUGUCUGAGAAUGAUGGAGUAGAGCCUGUUCAGGGAAACGAGGAGGAGGAAAGCAUCUUGGGUCCAGUUUGCUUCUUCACCAAACAGUGGUUCCAACAUGGCGAGACCAAAAUCACCUGGAAUUGAUUCAGGACUUGGGAGCAGUGGUGAAUCCUGGGAGAAAACAACACACAAGUUCCUAAGUGUGGACCUUUAUACUUCACUCAUACAGUUUAGGCAUUCCUCCUUCCGAGAGGGCGAGGGACCCAGAGAGGUUUGCAGCCGCCUCCACUCUCUCUGCCGCCAGUGGCUGAAGCCAGAGCAACACACCAAGGCGGAGAUGCUGGACCUGGUGAUCCUGGAGCAGUUCCUGAGCAUCCUGCCCCCAGAGAUGGGGAGCUGGGUCCGAGAGUGUGGGGCAGAGACCUCUUCCCAGGCAGUGGCCCUGGCAGAAGGCUUCCUCCUGAGUCAGGAAGAGGACGAGAAGCAAGAAGGACAGGCCCAGAAUGGCUGCAUGGAAGCCCAGCCUGAUGUCCCUGAAUCAGAGGAACCCCCACCAGGCCCCACCCAGAGCCUCCAGCAGAAGGAGAUCAAGCAGGAAGGAGACGGGGCUGUGGCCUUGGAGGGGACUGAAAUGAUGUUGCUGAAUCCACAGUCGAGUCUUCCCUUUUGUGAUGGAGUGGAAGUGAAUGAGGGCCUAAUUGCCUUUGAGGACGUGGAUAUCCAUUUCUCCCUGGAGGAGUGGGUUCUCCUAAAUCCUGGUCAAAAAGUCUUGCACGUGCAGAUCAUGGAGGAGAUUCAUGGGAUGGUGGACUCUCUUGCAGAUAACUGGAACACCAAACGUUUGGGACACAAUGGGGGCCUUCCUAGACACCAGCAAACCCACAUAGAAGAUGGAGAUUCUGCUAGAGAAAGGCCUUACAAAUGCAAUGUAUGUGGGCAGUGUUUUACCCAAAAUAUGGGACUUGUAAUUCAUAAGACACUCUGUGCUGACAAAAGCCAUUGUCAGUUGAAAGUAUCAGCAAAAUGUAUUGCUGCUUACAAACUGCCAGAUCUGAGCCAACAAGAAAUCUUUGUAGGAAAUGAGGAUUUCAUAAACCAGGAAUGUGGGACAUGUUUUGCUGACGGUUCACAAUUGAUGAGGCGCAAAAAAGUCCACACGAGAAAGAAGCCAUACCAAUGCAAGGAGUGUAAGAAAUGUUUUCCUUGGGAGUCAUCACUUCUCAGACACUGGAGUAUCCAUACAGGAAAGAAACCAUACCAGUGCCAGGAGUGUGGGAAAUGUUUUGCUCGCAGUUCAAACUUGGUGAGCCACAAUAGAGUCCACACAGGAGAGAAGCCAUACAAAUGCCAGGAGUGUGGGAAAUGUUUUGGUCACAGUUCAAACUUGGUGAGCCACAAUAGAGUCCACACAGGAGAGAAGCCAUACAAAUGCCAGGAGUGUGGGAAAUGUUUUGGUCACAGUUCAUACUUGGUGACACACAAAAGACUCCACACAGGAGAGAAGCCAUACCAAUGCCAGGAGUGUGGGAUGUGUUUUGCUAACAGUGCAAACUUGGUGGGUCACAAAAGACUCCACACAGGUAAGAAGUCAUACCAAUGCCAAGAGUGUGGGAAAUGUUUUGUUUUCAAUUCAGACUUGGCGAAGCAUAAAAGAGUCCACACAGGAGAGAAGCCAUACCAAUGCCAGGAGUGUGGGAAAUGUUUUGGUCACAGUUCAUACUUGGUGACACACAAAAGACUCCACACAGGAGAGAAGCCAUACCAAUGCCAGGAGUGUGGGAUGUGUUUUGCUAACAGUGCAAACAUGGUGGGUCACAAAAGACUCCACACAGGUAAGAAGUCAUACCAAUGCCAAGAGUGUGGGAAAUGUUUUGGUCGCAGUUCACACUUGGUGAGGCAUAAAAGACUCCACACAGUAGAGAAGCCAUACCAAUGCCAGGAGUGUGGGAUGUGUUUUGCUAACAGUGCAAACUUGGUGGGUCACAAAAGACUCCACACAGGUAAGAAGUCAUACCAAUGCCAAGAGUGUGGGAAAUGUUUUGGUCGCAGUUCACACUUGGUGAGGCAUAAAAGACUCCACACAGUAGAGAAGCCAUACCAAUGCCAGGAGUGUGGGAUGUGUUUUGCUAACAGUGCAAACUUGGUGGGUCACAAAAGACUCCACACAGGUAAGAAGUCAUACCAAUGCCAAGAAUGUGGGAAAUGUUUUGGUCGCAGUUCACACUUGGUGAGGCAUAAAAAACUUCACACAGGAAAGAAAGGGUAAAAUGCCAGGAGUGUAGAAAAUGUUUUACUCAAAAUACACCCCUUAUCGACCACUG